AAUACGUUAACAGCGGGUAUUAUAAGGAUUAGUUUCGGCCUAAGUAAAGAAAUCGUCGCCCUAAGUAUAAUAAAAAUAAAAAUAUACUUCAGAACGAUAACUUUUUAUAUUUUACUUAUUAAUACCCUAUUUCUCUUAUAUUUAAAAAACAUAGAUCGACUAGGUAUUAUAUUCGAUAAUAUAAAAAAUAAAAUCUCUAGCGGUAAGUACUUCGAGGUAGUCGAACGACGAUGGGGGCAUACGUUUAUAAAGCUUAUUAAUAAUACGAAGUCGAUUAAUUACUUAACGGAAAGUGAGCUUAGAAGACUAUACUAG